UUAUGAUUCAUCGAUUGAGAUUCUCAUUCUCAACACUCAGUAUCUACAGAAAUACCAAAACUUAUUAAGUACAACAUAUCCGCAAACUUCUGACCUUUAGGUAUUUUUUUUUCUUUCCUUUUAAUUAUUUUUUGCUAAAACCAAGAACAAAAUCUGGAUAAACAUCGUGUUGCUUAUAUCUAACAAAAUACAUUAUUGACAAAUGUACAUGAUGAAGAGAAUAAAUAGAAAGACUAAAGAAAUCUGUGUGCAUUGUUUUCUAAAAUAAAAAAGUGUAGAAAUAAAUAAGUAAAUAAAAAUAUUCGAGAGUAAAUCAGUUGAGAAACUACAAAACAAAGACGAAGUAUCGUUCACGCGAGUGUCACCGCGAUACUCAUACCGACUUCGCAUCGAUAUUAAUGAUACUUUUGCUUAGUUGUCACUAUAGAGCCACAUGAAUAAAACGGGACUCUGAUUCUGUUAAUGAGUCUAAUUAGAGGGAAGGGAUAUUAUGAAUAAACUUCACUUGAGUGAGGACACACAGGGAGCCUUAUAGUAAGUAUUCACGUAAUAAUGAUGUAAGAUCAUUCAUCCUUUCCAUCACUGCUGCUCCCUCCAGACACACUGAUGCUGCACUCGCUUCGUGUGCACCACAGCAGUCAGGUUGUCUGCAACAGGGGGGCGACGUGGAGGGGUGCUGCAGCUGCUGUCCCAGUCGGCGCUGCGGAGCCUGUGUUAACUCAUCAUCUGGGUCCGACUGGGAAGAUUUAAAAAGAGAAAGAAAGAAAGAGAGAAAAAAAGGACCAAACUUGUUAACACCUGAGAGGAUCGAGCUAAGGUAAGACGCAGCGCAGAGAUGAAGCCCCGUCUUCUGGGCGGCGGCAGGACAACCAGGAGACUUUUGUCGGCUUGCCUCAUCUCGGUGUGCCAAGCCCUGCACAGCUGCGGGGGAGUCAAGUGCGUGGACGGCCACCAGUGCUGCCUGCUGCCCGUCCCCGGGAACGGCAGCUCCGGCUCCGCGGAGAGCUGCUGCAAGCUCCCCAUCCACGUCUUCUUCGACAACGUCGGCUGGUUCACGCGGAAGCUGUCGGGCAUCUUGAUCCUGCUGCUGCUCUUCGCCAUGGGCUACUUCAUCCAGAGGAUCAUCUGCCCGCGGCCCCGCCACCGGCACCAGAACCAGGAGCACGGCGAGGAGCCCUCCCUCUUCCACGGACCCACGUCGGCGUCCCAGGAUCUCCUCCUGGAGCCCUACCCGGAGUGCACCCUGGGGGACUUCGCCUCCCCGAACCUGCCGGCCUACGACGAGGUCAAGUACCUGCCCACGUACGAGGAGAGCAUGCAGGAGAUGCACCGGGACCGGGACCGAGACCGGGACCGCUCCGACGAUGACCUGUUGUCCGGAGCGGAACCGGCGGCGGCGGAGUCCGGGCAGCAGAGGCGGGACCUUCUGGGGGUGAGCCCCGCAAGGACAGCUCGGAACUCGGUGUGAAAGGAGAGCAGGGGCCGGACAAUGAACUGCCUGAUAGUAUUACUAAUUUAUUAUUAUAUUAUUAUCAUCAUCCUCAUCAUCAUCGUGAGGGGGUGGGAGAGGGUGAAGGAGGUUUCGCAGAGAUACAAACUCAAGUGCAAUUAUAAUCCUGAUUGUAAAGAAUAAAGAAGGAGGCUGAGAAUGUAAACGUGUUUUGGAAGAUAAUACGUGUCUGCUCGGCUUUUUGUAUGCAAAUGCCGCCUCGGCAGAGGGGAUUAGAGAGACUGCAGGAGGCGCCUUAAACCGAUGCUCAUUGUGUUGAUGGGACAGCUAAUUUGGCUGCGGGACAAUCACAUUAAGUUUUCGCGGCACCAUGAAGACAUUGGCUGGUUUCUUCUCGAAAAUGUGACCUUUUAUUUCUAUACAUUCUGAAUAUUUAGUGGUUGUUUUGUUUUUUGUUUUUGCAACCAAAUGGAAAAACAGUUUCUCCUAAAGUUGAAUGUGGACGGACUGAAGUGAGGGAUUCAUCUGCAUCCGGGAUUCUUCCAGUUAAAUCAUAUCUUAUCAGCAUGAAAGCAAUAUUCCAUUCAUAUUCACAUGGCACCCCAUAGAUAAGCGCUUUAUGGGUAAUCUGAACCGUGUUUCAUGUGUUUGUUGAAAGAUAAGCCGCCACAGUAUAUAUAAAUAUAUAUAUAAAAAAAGCUCAAAUCCUGCAGCAUUUUGUAGCCUGGAGUUGCAUGAAUUCAGGGGGGGACGGCAGAUGUUGCAGCAUGCAUGCUGAUAGGUGCAUGUUGGCAGGAAAUGUGGAAAUGGGGUUGCAAGAAAUGUUGCAAUCAGAUCUAAUGUAGGGAGCAUUUUAAUAAGUUAGAAUAUCGUGUAAAAGUUCAUUUCAAUCAUUCAAAUAGGUCCCAGUUAUGUGUUAAAUAGAUUCAUUACAUACAGUAUAUUACACGUAAUCUUUAUUGUUAUGAGUUAAAAUAUCGAAAGGUUAAAGUUGAGUUUCUGAGAAAAAAAUUUUUUUAAAAAGGUGCUUUAACACAUUUUAUUAUAAAAUCUUGGAGAAGACGCGUCUCCUCGAGGAGGGUUAGAGUUGAAAGGUUAUCAUCGAUAAAGUCGCCUGGUCACAGAUUGUUUUGUCCUGUUUUCUUAGCAGAAAGUUGAGUGGAAGAAAAAGCUGUGGUAGCAAAAGGUGCACAUGCAAAAGAUCGUGAAGCAGCGCCCACUUAGGAGCCAGGUGGAGAGUUGAAAGUUGUGGACAGCAGCCGGAGACGGAGACGUCCAGGACAGACGCUACUACUGUGUCCUUAACCGGAGGAAACAUGACACUCGAGUUGAGGAAAAAUUUACAAGGACAUUUCAGACUUUUUGCUUCCUUCUGCUGACCGGAUUUAAGGAGAUGCUGAUUUCAUUUUCCCGGCACGGCUUGGUGCCGGCACACACCGCCACCGAAAGCUGGUUCAGUGACCACAGCGUUCCUGUUCUUGAUUGGCCAGCAAACUCUCCCGACCUUUAACCCCAGAGAGGAUCUGCGGACAGUUGUCAAGAGGUAGAUGAGAGACAAAGGAACCAUGACGCUUCAGCUGGACCGCAGACUGAUCACCUCCAUGUCACGCUGCACUGACGCAGUAAUUCAAACAAGUAUUGAGUUACAGGAUGUUUUACAUGGGCAUCAUUUUCAGUUGCAACCUGAAAAUAUGAAUCGGUCAUAAACAUCUAAACUUUGCAAAAGAGCAGAAUAUAUUUUAAGAGCUGUAAACCUCAAACAUCUAAAUGACAAUAAAUUACACCUUGAAAUAUAUCUUUUGGUUAUAAAUCUCUAAACUAUUACUUUACCCAUUUAAAUUUGAUUGCUGGUGUUAAAAAAAAACAGACAGUUUUUGUUCCUUCCAGAUCAUUUUAAAUCCAAUUUAUGUUUCCUGCAAAACUGCUGCAUCAUGUUUUAGGUUUUGGCAUGUAAACACAAUAAUACCAUUAAAAAAAUAUGUUUUUAAUCUUUUCUUUAGUGUGAUAGAUAUUCGAUACAAUUCAGCUAAGAAACACAUUUAUUAGUGGGACGUUUUGGCUCUGCAGUGCUGCACUGAAUGGUGAAGAGAAAGGAAAAGGGGUGAAGAUGCAGCAAAUGCCCCAGCAUUCUCUCUUCUUUGGUUGAAAUCCAUCAGCAUGUGACUAUUUGCCCUCUGUAACGCGCGGAAGCUCCACCAAGCACGUCUCUUGCCCCACAGCUCUCUUCAGGCAAACGUUUUCUACCAGGUUUGGGUCUGAACUCGUUCCAGAACCUUCAUUUCCUCCCAGUAAAUAAUCAAUUCUACUGACAGCUAAAAUGUGCACUUGCACUCACAAGUGACGCCGAAAACGCAAAGCCUCUUCAUCGUCUUCGUUCUAGCAGAAAACCGGUCAAAAUGUAACGGCUGUCUUGAAUAAUGACACAAUUUCAUCUCAACAAAUCCCACAAUUCCAAGCAAAGAAAACCAGCUCCGGAUCAUGACGCCACCGCCGCCGUGUUUCACUGUGGUUACGCUGUUCUUGUCAUGAUGAUGUAUGAGCCACACACAAUGUUUUAGGAUGCUUCAGCUCUGAAUGUUUCCUUUGGAAACGAACGGCUUUUGAUUAUGAAACCUACUUCAAACUAAGAACGAAGGACAAUGUUAUCACAAUUAAAUCUCAGCCAGUACGUCCAAAAAGUCCUGCAGCUUUUUCAGUGUUGCUGUCGGCCUCUAGCAUCCCUUCUCUACCUGCUUGUCUUUUUGUAAUGUCACUAUUUGUUGCAUAUUUUCUCUUAUUACUAAUGACUUUUUACUGUAAUGAAACAUUUUCAUUAUGCCCUUCCCCUGACUGAUACGUUUGGACAGUAGGACAAUUUUGAUCCCUUGGCGCCUCUCUGCAAACUUCGGCUUUUGGCUGAAGGACUCAAAUGGAUGAAUGUCAAAAAAGGACGGCUGACAUUUAUUUCCGGUUAAUUAAAUUCAUUAUGACAACUUUUAGGCGUGUAACCAUAAAAACUGAAUGUAAAAACUGAACCAAAGUGUGAUGAGUGCGUAUCAAAGGGUCUGCGCCUCUACGCAGCUUUCCUCUUUGAUUAACAUUUUCUCAUCUAACAGAGAAUUGCUUGUUUGACGUACACAGGAUGACAUUUUCACAUUAAAACUGAAAAUACAUUGGGGGGAAAAAAGUUAUUAAAGCCUAAUUUUUACAAAAACAUCGCAAUUUCACAGGGUUGUGUAAACUUUCGGCAUGCACCAUGUAACGAGCCCUAUUCUAUCAGGACAACCCAAAUCGUUUCCAUCACUGGGAAGAAGUAGGAAAAUGUCUUUGCUCAGCAGUCGGAUAGAGAGGAGAUGCUUGGGUAAGCUAAAACAGUUUGAGUCCAGACUGCAGAGAGGAAGUCGGCUCCGGAAAAUCCGGUCAAUAUUUGAGAAUGACACAAGUCAAAUACUUUGAAAACUAACUUAGCGAGUUGUGGAAUUGCAAUCAGAUAUAAUUAGUUUACAUGAAUUUUAACAGAUUUGUCCUGAAGAUGAUGAUGAUCACCAUCAUCAUCAUUUGGUUCAGCUUCACUCUCCGUCUUGGUUUCAGGGGUCGUCGGGGUCAAACUCUGGCUUAGAGACAUAUAUGGUUCAAUUGCUUACAUACUGAAAGCUUCAGAAACAUUUAAUUGUGAAAAAGAUAACUU